AUGUUAGAACAAUCCAAGCUUUCCAAUGCAUUAAAACAAUUGGCUGAUAUCGAAGAUGAUAUGGAAAAAAUUGAUGAACAAGUCGAAUUAUUUAGACUAAAAUCAACAAUUCCUAUUUUUAAGAAACGAAAUAUGUUACUCCAGGAUAUUCCCGGUUUUUGGAAAAUAGUAUUAAGUGAACAUUCAGAUUUUGCAGAUUUCAUCCAAGUUUCUGAUUUUAAAUAUGUUGAUUGUAUAGAUAAGAUUGAAAUUAAUUGGCCAAUCGUUAGUGAACAUAAGAGCACUGAAAAGCAUAAAGUUGGUGAUUUUGAUAUUGUUUUUCAUUUUAAAGAACUUAAAGAGGAUGAUGAUAUGUUUCCUGAACAGACUGUUACGAAAAAAUUUAGAAUUGAAUAUGAUACUAGCAAGUUAAAAAAGUUACCAAAAGAUCAAGAUGAAGACAGCUUAAAAGAAUUUGGGUUUUUGACAAGCGAAAAGGUAGAUAUUGAGUGGCCAACUAACUAUUCUAAGAUAAAUCCGGAUAAAAUCAAAGAUAAAACUAGUGCUGAGGGUAAAAAAAAUUAUAGAGCUGGCAUGAAAAGUUUCUUUGGUUGGUUUAGAUGGACUGGCUUAAAACCAGGAAAAGAAUUUCCUCAUGGCGAUGAUUUAGCUACCUUGUUCAGUGAAGAUAUUUACCCUCAUGCACUAAAAUAUUACACCACUGCCCAUAGAGAUUUAGAUGACGAAAGUGAUGAAGAAGAUGAAAAAGAGGGAUAUCAUGGUUAUGAGGAUGAAGAUGAUGAAACACUAUCAAGGAAGAAACCCAAAUAUGAAUAG